AUGAAAGACCCUUUCUUCAUCGAGCCGUUCCCAUGGCUCGUCAAGGCAACACAGCCCUUGGCUGACUACUUCUCUCUCCCGACCCUGCCGAUACACAUCCACGAGGUCUUCGCCUCCGCACUGCUGUACUCUGUCAUCUACUAUCCGAUAUCGCCGCUACUGUCGCGCUUGAUCGUUGGCCGCAAAUAUCUCGACCUGCCUCGAAAAAGACGGAUCAAUUGGGACGCUCACGUCGUCUCUCUCGUCCAGAGCACGCUCAUCAACGCGCUGGCCCUCUGGGUCAUGUUCGUUGACGAAGAGCGCAGCCAGAUGGACUGGCAAGCUCGCAUGUGGGGUUACACUGGCGCCGCUGGUAUGGUCCAGGGCCUCGCUGCUGGCUAUUUUCUUUGGGAUCUUGUUGUAACCAGCUGCAACAUGGAUGUCUUUGGGUUUGGCACCUUGGCUCACGCCAUUAGCGCCCUGUUUGUCUACUCGCUUGGAUUCCGACCUUUCCUCAAUUACUACGGCUGCGUCUUCAUUCUCUGGGAGUUAUCAACGCCCUUCCUCAAUUUCCACUGGUUCUUCGACAAGUUAGGAAUGACUGGGUCUCGCGCGCAACUGUACAACGGCUUGAUGCUUCUGUUCACCUUCUUUUCCUGCCGCCUGGUCUAUGGGACCUACCAAUCGGUCAAAGUGUUUUCAGACAUUUACGCUGCUAUCAACGCUCACCCUGUCUUGCCCAAGGAGAUAUCCCCCGAAACAAGCGCCAUUCCUGCGCCGACAGGCGUGAUGAGAUUUGCGACAGAAGCCUCAACUGUCCCGACGUGGUUGGCAGUGACGUAUCUCAUGAGCAAUCUGACUCUCAACAGUCUCAACCUGUACUGGUUCAUCAUGAUGAUUAGCGCUGUCCGCAAAAGGUUUCAGCCAGCCAAGUCGACAGACACGAAGGCACAAAUUGAGCCCUCGUCUACAAAGGUUACCGCCCGAACCGGGCAAACUCCUGCUCGUCGGCGCAAGGCAUAG